AUGUCCAGAAAAAAUACGUCGGACGUUUGGAAAUAUUUUAAAAAAUUGUCAAACACCCCAAAUGAAGCAGUUUGCUUAAUUUUUUCAACCCAUUAUAAACAUGGCCAUGGGACUUCUAAUUUGCAUGAACAUUUGCGGCGUGUUCAUCAAUCAAAAUUAGAUGCUGAGAAACGCAAUACAGAAUUAGAAAAAGAUUUAGAUAAAGAGCAGAAUAAUGACCAACCAAGUAGUUCAAAAACCUUAAGUUAUGAUCAAGAACCGGACCAAGAACAGCCACCUACCAAAAUUAAGAAAACCAAGCAGUUGUUGUUAUCAAAACGAUUUAACGAACCAUCAACAAAACAAAAAAAUGACUUCAUAUCUAUUAUAAUGGAUAUGAUAGCAGGAGAUUUACAACCCAUUUCAUACUUGGAAAAUAAUGGUUUUCAAAAAAUGGUCAGUUUUUUAGAUUCCCGUUAUUUGGAGCAUAUUCCUAGUCGUCGUACCCUUACUAGGAAAAUAAUGCCUGACAUUUAUCAAUCUACCAAAGUAAAAGUGCAACAAAUGUUAAUUGAAUCUAAUUAUGUUGCCAUUACAUCAGAUAUUUGGACAUCUUUAAAUGCUGAUUCUUUUUUAACAGUUACUGCUCAUGUCUAUAAUACAAAUUAUGUACUGAAAACAUUUGUACUAACAACAGAAAAACUUAAUAAAAAUCAUACAGCACAAUACUUAUAUGAAACAUUGAUUAAAAUAUUUGAAGAAUGGAAAAUAAUUAAUAAAGUAGUAGCUAUUGUAACCGAUUCUGGUGCUAACAUAAAGGCUGCAAUAAAAAAAAUGAAUGGCAUACCUCAUAUACCAUGUACUGCACAUAAGUUGAACUUAGUGGUGACAAACGCACUAAAAAUUCAGUGUGGUGCAGAUGAAAGUGAUGUAGAUAACAAUAUUGGUUGGGAUGGAGUUAACGAUUUAAACAUUUUAUUAAAAAAAUGUCGUUCAAUAGUAACGUUUUUUAAAAAAAGUGAAAUUGGACAUCGCUGUUUACAAGACAAGUUAAAACAACUAAGUUUACCCGAUUUGAAAUUAAAGCAAGAUGUGUCCACCCGUUGGAACAGUAGCCUCUUAAUGCUUGAAAGGUUGGUAACAUUAAAAGAACCACUUACUUGUGUCAUGAUGUCACUAAAGGAUGGUCCAACAAUGCUGCUACCAAUGGAAUGGAGAAUUAUAGAGGAUAUUAUACCACUGCUAACACCAUUUAAUUUAAUGACAACAGAACUUUCAGGAGAAAAAUAUUCAACACUUGUCAUGGUUAUACCUUUACUUAACCUUCCCUACAGCCUGGAAACACUCAAACAUAAUCCUAAUCCCAAAACCGGACAAACCGCCUGA